AUUAAUAACACUAAAAUGAAAGGAAUCAUUUUCCUGCUCUUGUCUAUCCUGGCAGUAUCAGCCAAUGUGUGCACCAAUGAGUAUCAGGAGGCUGGGUCAGCCAUCUCAGGAAGUUUUACAAUCCCAGGAUAUACUGCGUUUUACCUGAUGGACAUACUAGACGAUCAGAAUAACGAUUUACUGUAUUUUGUUGGAUAUUUUCGUACAAAUGUUGCCCCAUAUCUAGGUAUUAUUUACAAGACAGAUCAUACUUUGAAUAAAAUUCAGAUUAUGACUUAUGGUAUACAUUCAUUCGAAACUUUAUAUACUAUAAAUCAGGCUAAAGAUUUCAUCUACAUGCUAGACCGCAACAAACAAGUAAUACUUGAGGUUCGAGCAACAGAUCUGAGCAUCACAAGGGAGUUUUCAAUUAAUGAUAGCUCUGCAACUUUAAAUACUAAUUCAGUCAUGAGAGUGACCUACAAAAUGUACUUAAACUUUGUUCUAAGCUCUGUCAUGCAGACUUGAAGAUGGGAUCUGGUUAGCACUAAUCUCGACUGAUUUACCUUCGGAGUUAGUAGUUAUACUAAUUUUGUUCCAAUUAAUGAAGAUCUAUUAUUCUCUGCAUCUGUUGAUACCUCAGGUGAUCAAUAUUACUUGGUAAACUAUAAUUUCUCGGAUUCAUCAAACUUGGUAUGGAAGAGAAGAAUUACAUGCCUUACUUCGGGAUGAAUUAACAAGAUCAGUUCUUCUAUUAUUAGUAGAGACCAAGAAUGGGUUUACACAAUGAUCCUGUAUGAUGAGCAUUUUAUUUUCCAUAAACUUAGUAUUCUUGAUGGAAGUCCUCAAAACUCAGGCUUUAUUUGGAGCAACAGCGGCAUAUUUCAUAGCUUUUCGAUGAAAGAAUUCAAUAAUUUUAUUGCUGUCCAGAUAUAUUCAACUACCAACAAUUCAGAAAUAUUGGGAGAAUACAAAUCUGGAACAGCAAGGGCAUUUUCUGUAGGAAGACUAUUAUAUAAAGGAGAGGAAUUAAUGUAUCAUUCUGGCCAAUAUCUAAUUGGUAAGAAAUUCUUCUUAGCUCGAACAUCAACAAAUAGUAUUGACCAACUUGAAGAGUUUGAACAAGAUUCUCCUCUAUUCUCACCAAUUACUGGUGAUUACCAAAUAUCUCCAACAUCUUCUAAUCCUAGUCUGACAUCAAGCACAAAAACAGUGACAGUCUCUACCUCAACUACAGUUACUUUAACUGACAUAACUUCUGCAACAAGUCCAUCGUUCACUACCCAUGUAGCCCUGUGGAACCAAGACUAUAUCCAGUCUGUCCAAGGCAACACUUCUGUACAAUUGAACUUUACUUGGGCCUGAGCUCAGUCUGUGAACUACACUGACAUUGCCUUCAGUCUGGUGAAGACAGGGUCUAAUGUGAUUCCUGGAUGGGUGAGCAUGAACCCAGACAGCCAAGAGCUCCGUCUGAAUACAACUCCUAAGCUUGACAAAGACACCACUUUUAAUUUUUCUCUUGAAAUUGCGUUCGACAAUCAAGUAUAUCACAAGAAAUUUAAAAUUACUGUUGAGCAAUGUAGCAUCCUGAAUUGUGAAGUCUGACAAUUGGGUGCUUCCAAUCUUUGAGAGACAUGAGCCACCGACUAUGAAGCUACUGAUGGUCAGAAAUCUUGCUCUAAAAUAGCUUCAAUGCCUGGAGCAACUGAGGCUGCAGCUGCCAUGGUCACAUCAAGUGUAGCGAUAGCCAGUGCAUCUUCAGUGCUAUCACUAUCAUCGGUCAACUCGAUAUUUAGCAUCAUGAACAGUCUGCAACUAGCAGUGCUGCUUCCACUGGUGCCGGAUUACAUUUCACCCAAAGUGCUUGACUUUCUGAGCAGUAUGGGCUUCACGAUGUUCUCAUUCGACUUCAUUGAGUUUAAAGAAAUUCCGUUUGUCAAAGCUAUAUCUGAUUGGGUGUCAUACCCACAAUCUGACGAAUACUUGAACAAUCUUGGGUUAAGAUCUGGAAGUUCAUUUGUCAACUACUUGUCGCUGAUGGCUGUUAUUGUGUUGAUCGGGAUCAUUCAUAUGGGUAUAUCCAUAUGCAAUCACUGAGCUGAGAAUUCAAAACACAGAAAAUGCAAGAAGUUUACCAAUACAUUGUUCACGUUCUUUACAUUUAAUAUUUACAUCAGGGUGUUUAUUCAGGCGUUCUCGUUCACCAGUCUGUCAAUCCUAUCUGAACUUUACAACCUUAACCUGGAUACCACUGUUACUAAAGUGUCUUUCGGAGUUUGAGUACUGUUCUUCUUGUGAACAAGUGUGUUGUUCUUACUAUCGUUCUACAUGUAUUGCAAGUCAUUUCCUGAAAUUGACAAGGAGAAGUACUGGCCAUGCAUUGAGUACUUUAACGGAAUCAAGCCAAACAAGUUCUCUAAAAUGUAUUCGAGUCUUUUCAUGUUAAUGAGGCUGAUGCUAUCAUCAUUGUUGAUAUUUGGAGCUGCUAUUCCGGGGUCAACCAAAGGCACGUAUUUCUACUUGGUUAAUAUUGGAUAUUGAUUAUAUUUAGCUGGAGUCAGGCCAUUUGAGAAUAUGCAAGAUAACGUAAUUGAAAUAAUUAACCAGGUGUUGUUCUGCUGUAUGGCAGUUCCGCUAUCUUGGCUCAACACUAAAGAAAGCUGGACUCCCUUUUAUGAAAGUUAUUACACUAAUAUAUUCAUGGUGUCUCCUGCAAUCGGAAGCCUCGUGUGUCUCGGAUUUUUAAUAAAAUCAAUAAUCAGCUACAUUUACAGAAGGAAAGCUAACAAAAGAAAGCAAGAUAUAGCACCAAAGAAGACAGAUCUUAACCAAAAAAUACCUCAGAACGAAGAAGAGCCUGACCACAAUGCGACUCCAUCCAUUGCAGCUCCCUCUUCUAAUCUGAGCCAGAGCAAUGCUUCAAUGACACCAAUUUCCCGACCUCAAAGAAAAGUUGCAAAAACAAAGAAAAUCAGAGUAGAUCCAAAACCAAAUUAAUAAUUACAGAAAGCUUUUAUUCUCAA